UCUCCUCCCCGCUGCACACCAGCGUCCAAAUAAACAACCCAACGCUGCGGACUGAGCCGGACGGGCUGUGCGGGGUCCGACAUGGAGACCCCCCAUCACACCCAGCCCCCCGGGACUGGGAGGGAGGAGAUGGGCAGUGGGGGCUGCCGGCGGUGUCCGUACCGGGCGGCAGGGAGGAGGCUGGGCACCACCUCCGAUGGGAUCCUGCAGGAAGGUGUGGAGAGCAGCUUACGCCAGCUCCUCAUCGAAGCCUUCGUCUCGGCGGGCAGGGUGGACAACAUCACCAUGGUCAUGGGGCUGCACCCCCAGUAUCUCAGCAGCUUCUGGAAGACCCAGUACCUCCUGCUGCGCAUGGACGGGCCCCUGCCCUACCACAAGCGCCAUUACAUCGCCAUCAUGGCAGCAGCUCGGCACCAGUGCUCCUACCUGGUGGGCUUGCACAUGGAGGAGUUCCUGCGGGUGGGGGGCAACCCGGCGUGGCUGCAGGGGCUGCACUAUGCCCCCCAAAAACUCAGGAACCUCAAUGAGAUCAACAAACUACUGGCGCACCGACCCUGGCUCAUCACCAAGGAGCACAUCGAGGCUCUGCUGAAAACGGGGGAGAACAGUUGGUCGCUGGCGGAGCUGGUGCAGGCCCUGGUGCUCCUCACCCACUACCACUCGCUCGCCUCCUUCGUCUUCGGCUGCGGCAUCAACCCCGAGGAGGACCAGGAUGGGGGGCACGGCUGCUGGCCCCCCUCACCCCACAGCGACAGCAGCCCUGCCUCUGAUGAUAGCAUGGGGGGCUCUGGGGGCAAAGAUGCCAUGCAGGAGGUGGAGGUGCUGAUGGAAAGGAUGAAGCUGCUGCAGGAAAGCCAGCUGGAGGAGGAGGGGGUCACGCAGGAGGAGAUGGCGACGCGCUUUGAGCUGGAGAAAACGGAGAGUUUGCUGGUCACUCCCUCGGAUAUUGCGGAUCACUCCCUGCAGUCCAACGUCCUCUGCUUCGUGGAGGACCCCGAGUUCAGCUACAAGGACUUCACGCGGAGGGGUGAGCAGGCGCCCCCCACUUUCCAUGCCCAGGAUUACACCUGGGAGGACCACGGCUACUCGCUGAUCAACCGCCUCUACCCCGACGUGGGGCAACUCCUGGACGAGAAAUUCCAGGUCGUCUACAACCUGACGUACAACACCAUCGCCAUGCACUGCGGCGUGGACACAUCCAUGCUGCGCAGAGCCAUCUGGAACUACGUCCACUGCGUCUUCGGCAUCCGCUAUGACGACUAUGACUACGGGGAGGUGAACCAGCUCCUGGAGCGCAGCUUGAAGGUCUACAUCAAGACGGUGGCUUGCUACCCGGAGAAGACGACCAAGCGGAUGUAUACGCAGUUCUGGAGACACUUCAAGCACUCAGAGAAGGUUCACAUCAACCUGCUCUUGCUGGAGGCUCGGAUGCAGGCGGCUCUGCUCUACGCCCUGAGAGCCGUCACCCGCUACAUGACCUGACCGGCCUUUGCUCCCUCCUCCUCCUCCUGCCCCAGGUUUGGGGGAAAGGCUGGUGGGAGCUGGUACCCUAAAGACUUUGCUGGAAUAUUGUCUCCCCCCCGUUAAGGGGGCUGGAGUUGUGGAAGGAAAGAGGGGGCUUCCCUGCCCCUCAUCCCAGGAGAGGGGACCCCCAAGAAGCUGUCAGUGCUGGGAAAACACCGGAGUGCUGCCCGGGGCUUGGCAGAGCUGGGGGUGCUCGACCGCUCCGUGCCUUUCUCAGGGGGAGCCCAAAUGAAUCCAAAUUGGGGUGCUCGUGGAUGCUGCCUUUACCAUGCAGUGCUGGUGUUACACCUCUGUGCCACCUCCUGGCACCAAGACUGCCGCCACGGAGGGCUGCCCUUGUGCCAGGGAUCACCAGAGGGGGUCGUGGGCUUUGCCGCUGCUUUUUGGGGUCUCAUCGUGCUGGAAGACAUGCAGCUGCUGGUGGGGAUGCUGCCCUCGCACACCCUCCCCACCUCUCUGGCUCGCCCCCAAGGAACGCGCCGCAGGAGUGGUGGGAAGGAUCCGGCCAUCCCGUCGCCCAGCCGGGCAGCCCCCAGUGCCACUCGUCUCCCAGCUGAGUCCCCCCCAUGUUGGGGUCUGCGUGGCUGGGGGAGAGACUGCGGCUCCGCAACUCCUCCCUGCCCUGACCUGGGUGUUUCUGUUGCCUUCAGCGCCUGCUGUGACAUGGGGACAUCCCCUCCGUGGCUGGGGGUGUGCGCGGCCCCUCGCCGCUCCUCUCCGUGGACCCUGGCACGGCCGGACCCCAGCCCAGCGCUCGUAUCGGGGCUGGCAGGGCUGCAGGAGGGGUUAAGCUCUGCCUGCCCGAGCCCCUGCAAUUUGGAAUGUGAAGUGCCUCUUAACCUGGGUCCCAGGGCAGGAGCAAGGUGAGGGUAGGAGUGCCUGCGGGGUGUUUUACACCUUUUUUUGCAUCAUUUUUCAGCCCCUGGCGCAUCUCUGCUGCCUCAACCUUCAUGGUUGAGGUGGGGAGCUGUGUUGGGGCACAGGGCUGCCUGGGGCUGCCCUCCUGCCUGCUGUGAAGGUGAUGGGGUGGGACAUGGGGUGGCUGGAGCUUGACCCAAAUGUGCCAGAGCAUUUCCCAGCGGCGCGGGUCGCCGGGGAGGUGCCUGGUUGGGAGAAUCCUGCUCCUGGCUCUGCUGGAGCGUGGGUCCGGGUCCAGCAGCAUCGCCUGCCACUCAGCCACCCUUGGUUUGUCUCAGCUGAACCGUAGCUCCAGUUAAGUUAUUUCUGUAUUUUUUUUGGGUGUAUUUACUCCUGACUGGGCAGGGAAAUGCCACUGUGACUUUGCUACAGAUCUUGUUUGAAAAAAUAAAGUUGUUCGGUUUU